AUGAAUUCCAGUAUGUUCACGAGCCAGCUGCUUCGCAACUUCAGACCUGCGCCACCCGCUCCCUCUCGAGCUCUGCUCAACAGCUUCCACAACUUAUCGAAAGCACGGCGUCUCGUUCGCAGCACGCCCUCCCUCAAUGCACGAGUUCAGACGAGAAACGCUAGGAAAUAUGCUCGCCCUCCAAAUCGAUUCGAACAAGCCGUCAUUGACGCCCGGGUGAAACACCCAGUCCUGUUCCCAUUCCUGCUCUUUGGCUCCACGGCUUCGGUGAUCUUGCUCAUUAUCAUGGCCUAUGAUCAAUGGCGGAGGGAGAAGAGAGGCACCUCGGUAUAUCCUCCAGCCGUCGAGGACCAGCUCCGGCUGGCCUUGCACUACACCCACAUCUCCCCUGACCCAGACACGGCGUCAAAAUAUUUCAUGCAAGCCAUCAAGAAGGCGGAGGAGGUGGGCAUGGACCCCUAUAGCAAAGACACGGUCGGCAUUCGGGUCCGCUUCUCCCAGAUGUUAGAAGAGUUCGGACACGUCAAGGCGGCCAUCGAGAUCCUGGACGGCAUCUCCUCCGACCUGGAACAAAAACUGGCCGAGCUUGACCAGACCUCGUCCAGCAAGACAGAUCCUCCGUCGCCUCUGGAACCAGAGACUGCGGAUUUUCGAGCCAACCUGAUCAAGGGAAUUGUCAAGCUAAAGAUCAAGAUAUCAUCAAUGUACGAAAGCGAUUAUCUUCAGAACCCCACGAUGGCCAAACACGUGCUGUCAGAUGCGGUGGGCCUUGUCGUGAAGGAGACCAAGGAUCCCCAGGUCAACACCUUUACGGAGGACAACGCGGCGGGCUUGACUACGGGGGAAAUUGCUGCGAUGCUGUCUCAGAUGGGCGAUCUGUACGCCACCUCGGGCGAAGAGGAAAAUGCCAUCCAACUCUACAUGCUCACGCUGAAGCCGUUGAGGGCGUCGUGCAACGGCACGAGAUCCUGCAAGGAAGCCCAGGUCCUCAGCAACAUUGCGUCUACCAUGGACAUGGCGCUGAAGAAGCCGACGGCGAAGAUCAACGGGAAGCCAGCGACCAAGGACACGCUGGCGGCCGGACGACGAGCUGCUCUGAGAUGGGCGGACCAAGCCAUCGCCGCCGCCGACGUGGUCACGUCGGAAGAGCGCGAUGAAAUCUGCACCGCCGCUCUGAUCUCCGCCCAGAUGACCCGCGCGGACCUGUUGCUGGACAGUGGCGACAAGGCAAAGGCCCGCGAGGCAUUUCUGAGUCUGCUGCCUAUGUUGAGGGAGAGGAAUCUCCUUCCUCUGAUCGAAACCGCAGAGCAAGGGCUGAAAAGGGCUAGCACCUAA